UUGCUACCGGGUGCACUCACAACACUUCCGAUUGCUUUUUCGCUAGGUAAACGCGAGCUUCUGUUGCUGGAGAGGUGUGCUGAAGCGGUGCGUGCGCUGCUGUCUGCACCCUCGACGCCUUUGUCCAUGUCGGUUUGUGGUUUUUCGUGUGUGUGUCUCUCCUCAAAGUGCCAUUUCCUGUUUGCUACUGGAUUUUCGUUGGAAAAGGUCUUCCGUUUCGCCUCGACAUUUCCAUGUGCAUCUUCUGACAAACCUCUGAGUAGGGCGCUGCCCGCUGUUGGUUCUGCCCGAUGUCGAGACCUAUAUGCGGCCUGCAGUCGAGGCUUUCUGCUUUCUGCGCUCAAACGCGGGUCGUCGCUUUUUGAAGACUCGUGGUUUACCGCCGAUGGAUCGCGUAGAGCGUCUGCGAACUCAAAUCGACUGAAAUCCAGGAAGAAGCAGUGGUUUCAUCUCCACUUCCUGGACACACCGCGGGAGCCACCGCCAAAUUGUCGCCGUCUCGAACGGAGUGCCGCAGCAUGUUCCGCCGAGCGGAGUCCGCGGUUUGUGUCCGGCAGAACUUCGAAUGAACUCCCUUGCACCGUCUCUUAGGUUUUGGCGUUUUCUCUUUCGUCGACGGCGAACCAUCAGGAGUGCCUUUCUCCGCGCCUUUUUGCUGCGACCUUUUGGGCCUGUUUCCCCUAGGCACUUCCGUACCCCGCAGCGUCUCGAGCGUCGCCUGAGCGCGCCGUGCGGCAUUUUCGUCAUUUGUUGCUUCGAGUUCACGCGCUCUCGCCUCGUCAUGGAACGCAAAGGUCUGUUUCGUCAAAAUCCUUUGACGCGGCCCAGUCGAAAAAACCUACCCGCUCUCCGGAGCGCGCGCGGCCUCCUGCAAGCGUUCGGCGACGUUCUGCGCCAGGUGGCCAGCUCCCCGGGAGAGACCGAAGGCGAGGCGCAGUCGCCUGGAGUUGCAGACUCGCCCUCGUUCCCUUCAGAGAGGAGGCACCCGCCGGCUGGCCACGAGGCUGCGCCGCCUUCUGAGCGCUGCAGCAUUUGCCUAGAGCCGAUGCUCGCCACGGACUCUUGCAUAGCUCUCGGCUGCUUCUCCAAGCGUUCCGCAGGCGCGAGCGCCGCGCCGUUCACAGCCACCUCGCGGCCGGAGAACUCUCUCGCAGACACCCCAGACGACGCCCGACCUGGUCAAGACGCAAGCCCCCAUCGUCUUCACACUGUUUGCUUUCGCCAGUACGUGACGUUUUCUCUUCAGAACUGUCAAGUGCUCUCCAGUACCUCUGCGCGCGAGGACGCCUCCCCAGGCGCGGCCAUUCUGCGUUGCCCUCUCGCCGACUGCAGAGCCGCUGUGCCUCAGAGCGUCAUUCGCCGCCUUCUUCUCUCCUCCGGGACAGAAGACAGUGUCGAAGACAGCGACGCCGCAGCCGACCCCGGCGAUGAUGCGGCGCUUCAUAGGUCUUGCGGAAACGCGGAAAAUCCGCGCGCGAACUCAACCGGCGCGGUGCGGCUCUCGUCUGCGACUCUCGCCUCUCCUUUGUCGAAGAACCGCAGAGACACUCGAAAGAGCAUCGGGAGCAAAACAGCUUCCUGGCGUCCUUCGCGCUCUGCCGCCUUCGCUGAUGUGACGCUUGGUGACAUCGCGGCCGCCAUUUCCUCGUCCGAUGCGAGCGGCGCUGCUGCAGCUGCGGGACGGGGGAUUUCCGACAGCGACUCCGCUCAGAAGGAAAACCAGCCCCAGGGACUUGCUGGCACCGCGUCUCAGUCCACAUACAAGACGGACAACGACGGACAGGAACUUUACCGUGUCUACCUGCAGAGAACGAUUGAAGCGUACGCCGAUAGCGCCGGGGACGUCGUCCGGUGUCUCGACCCUGACUGCGGGUACGCCUUUUGGUGGCCCGUCGACGCAGAGUGGCCGAGCAACGAAGCCGAGCGCCGCGGCGGCGAACCUUGCCCAAAGUGCAAGCGCAGAUGCUUGAUUUGUGGGGCGGCUGCCCACGAAGCGGCGAGCUGCGAGGAAGCGUGGAGCUCUCAGAACUUCGCUUCGUCUCUUCGUCCGGAGACGAGAACCAAGGCAGGCCGCGCGGCGCCCGGCAAAGUGCAGAAGAAGAAACUUUCCUUCUGGCGCAACCUGCGUCGACUGGACGCUGCUUUCGAAGAAUACAAGAAAACGGAGAACCUCAGGGACUGCAGGCAAUGCGGCGCGACAGUUCACCUGGAGUCGGGGUGUCACCGCAUGCGCUGUCGCUGCGGCUACAAAUUCUGUUACGUAUGCGGAACUCCGAACGCGACAUGCGGCUGCGUGGAAGUGCAGGGCCAUGGCUUCUUGACUCUCGAAGAGGUGCGACAGCCUGCCUCGCACGGUCGACGCGGCGGCUCAGUGCCUCUGGAGAAACUGGCUGAAACCGCGCAAAGCACAGCCGCCUCCCUCGAGGACGCGUCGGUCUCCUCUCCAGCGUCUGCUGCGCCUCCGCGCCGCCUGCGUUCGCCACGGCCUUUCGACGUUCCUGCCGCCGAAGCCGCGUCGCCAGCGUCCAAGAGAGAAAAGAGAGAAGAAAACGCGUUCGAGGAACAGGACUCGGACACAGUUCCCGACACACAACCCCUGUCGGCCUCUGGAAGUCGAGCGGCCGCGCCGAGAGACCGCAGGCGGGCACCAGAGGCGCAGCCGAGUCUGAGUCGUGGAGAGUCUCGUGGGGGGACAGCCACGACAGAAAAAGCAGAGAAGAGAGAUAAGAGAACAAGGACGAAGAAGGUGGAGGAACACAGCCAAGGGAAGACGGUCAGACGGAGGCGCAGGGCGCCGUCGGUCGAGGAAGAACAUGACCGAGGCUCAGCGGCGAAAGUUGCGCGGUGCGAAGCGCCUGCGUCGAAGAAGAGUGGAAAAGGGAGCAAAUGAGGAGUCAGCGGGGAGAGAGAAGAAGACAUGGGAGUCCAGAGAGGAGAGCAACACUGUCUACGAGGAUAUGGAAAGACGACGCCUCGAGGUCCUUCCUCGAGGUGUCUAGAACAGAUCUGGACUUCUUUCUCUGUGUCUGCUGGGUUCCCCACAACUGCGAGUAAAGACGUCUUCGCAACUGAGGCUGGAGUCGCCAGACUGGUCGACUGAACGCCGUGAAGCCUUCUUUUGUACAGUAGAGGGAACAGCUUUUUGCCUAGAUGUCCAGCGCUGGCAAGUACACGAGGUGCUCCUGCAGUUGAUUUGACCACCGGAGUGCACCUGUAAUCAUAGUUGGUAUACAUGAUUUUUUUCAUGCGUUCUGGAAAAUGGGGAACUCGCCCCCGGCCGUUCUCGAACCUCGCGCAGGUCGAACUCCAACCGCGUCGGUCGGAAGGAAAAAAGUGACUGGAAGGCGCUGUGAGCAGCUCAGCGACCGACAGAGACGUCGAUGGGAGAACUGGGGACUGAGAACCGAAAGGUCGAACACACGUUCAGAUUUUCAGUUUGUUUGCGAACGAACGUUCUUGCCCGGGCGUCGCGAGAGAAGCUGUUUCGCUGAGGUUCGCGCCUCGUCAAGACGUCUCCACGCGUUUCCAGGUCGGCGACGAAAUAUGGGGUCGGGAAAGAGACAGUUUGCUCUGAAGUGUGGGGUGCAAGGGAACUGCGAAGAAGCCGCCUGGCGCUGACUAUGCGUCUUCGUCCCCUCGACCGGUGAAGGGCCUUCCGAGGUGAUCAACGGCUCACACUUUGUCCAGUUUUUCUCCAAGAGAAAAGACCAAAGGUUCGACUUGGAACGAACAUCCUGAAAAAAGACGCGACACAGUCGCUCUUUCAACACCCUCAGAGGGAAGAGAAACUCACGCGACACACCUCUGGGCUGUGCAGAAACGUCGUGAGAAGCGAAUCGCGACUACGUAAACCUUUCGAUC